GGGACGAGCAGAGCAGAGCGGAGGGGAGACCUGCAGCCUCCCUCCCUCGCUGACUUGAUCUCUCCCGGGCUGCGGCUGCUGCAGCAGCAGCAACGGUGGUGGUGGCGGCGGCGGCGGUGGCAGCUGCAGCAGAGGGAGCAGUCUGGCGGCCAGCACUGAGGAUUUGCUGCUGUCUCUGCUGCUCCAUCCUCCCCACAGAGGCCCUCUCCCCUCUCCCAUCACAAGAUGGCAGCCAGCAGCUCUAAAGUCUCUGAGAUGAAGGGGAUAGAAGAGGGUCCCCAGACCCAGGGAGAAGGGUCUGGCCAUUCCAAGGCUGGAACUGGCCCUCUCCAGGUCCCAGCUGUGGUCCCAGAUGAGCCAGAGGCCCUGCAGCCAGGUCCAGACAUCACUGUGGCCCCUGUGGACUCAGAGCCCAAGGCUGGGCUGGCUCCAGAAAUCACAGAGACCCCAACAGGGGCCCCAGAAACAGCCCAGGCCAAAGACCUUAGCUCAAGCCCAGGAGGGGAACCAAAAGCCAACUCCAGCCCCAAAGAAGCAUGCCAAGAGCCAGCAUCCAAACCAGAAGUGAGCAAAGAGGCCACUGCAGACCAGGAGUCGGACCUGGAAUCUGCAGGCCUGUUUGAGCCAGCCUCAGAGCCCACUCCCCAGCCGGACCUCCAGUCAGGUUCCCAGCCCACCCCCAAGCCAGCCCUUCAGACUGAGCCCCCUACCCAGGAGGACCCCACCCGUGAGGUCCUGACUGAGAGUGUGGGGGAAAAGCAGGAGAAUGGGGCAGUGGUUGCCCUGCAGGCUGGCGAUGGGGAAGAGGGUCCAGCCCCCCAGCCUCACUCAUCGCCCUCAACAAAAAACGCCCCAGCCAAUGGAGCACCCCCCCGCGUGUUGCAGCAGCUUGUUGAGGAGGACCGAGUAGGAAGGGCUCACAGUGGGCAUCCAGGAUCUCCCCGAGGUAGCCUGAGCCGCCACCCUAGCUCCCAGCUAGCAGGAUCUGGAGUAGAGGGGGGUGAAGGCACCCAGAAACCUCGGGACUACAUCAUCCUCGCCAUCCUGUCCUGCUUCUGCCCCAUGUGGCCUGUCAACAUCGUGGCCUUCGCUUAUGCCGUUAUGUCCCGGAACAGUCUGCAGCAGGGGGAUGUGGAUGGGGCCCAGCGUCUGGGUCGAGUGGCCAAGCUCCUAAGCAUCGUGGCGCUGGUAGGGGGGGUCCUCAUCAUCAUCGCUUCCUGCGUCAUCAACUUAGGCGGUGAGUGGGGGUCUGGGACAGGCUGGGAGGAAUGGAAGGGUUGGCAAGGGCAGCUUUACUAACCCCUGACCCUGCUCUCUCCUGUCUGUCUUCCCUCCUUCUCCUUUGUCUCUCCUUGUCGUUGUCCCCCCCCACUGUCUCUGUCUCUGUUCCUCCCUCUCCUCUUCCACAGUGUAUAAAUGAGGGGCUCUGCCCUGCAUUCCAAGACUUUUCUUCCUGUUGGGAGCUGUCUUGGGCCCAUCCUCCCUUCUCCCCUGCAGGGAGCCCAAUCGAUGGCCCAGGCCCGCACCCAUAGGGACCAAGGGAGCCUGAGCAGCCUUGUUUACAGCUUCUUUCCUGCUCCUGCAUCUUGCCAGGCUCCUGUGCCAACUGUAGGCCUCCCUUCUCCCUGCACUGUUUCCAGUCUCCCUGCACUUCUGCCUGCAGCCAGUCUGGCCCCUUGGCCUCUCUAUCCCUGCACUUCUGGAAACCUCCCUGAACAUCUCCCAAACUCUUUUUGCCCUCAGCCUUCCUGCAUCUCUCCCAACCUUCUUGCACUUCUUCCAACCUCCCAAAUUACCUGCACCUCAAACCUGGUCUCCACCCCCCACCCCUCAACUUUCAUUGUCUUGUGCCAUCUUCCCCCAUUCCUUUCUUCCUUCUCUCCUUUAUCAUCUCUCCUUCCCUCUCCAUAUGCUCCACCCCAGUCCUCUUCCUGCCUCAUCUCCCCCUCAGCAUCUUUUCCUCCUCUAAGGAUCCUCUCCUCCACCCUGCUGCCACUAUUUAUUCUGCAAAAACUCCAGCACUUAGAUCAGGCUGGGGAAGGGCAGCAUGUCAGGAGAGGACUCUCUAGCCUGGGGCUGUUCUCUGCUGGGACCACCCGGGUCCGGAUGCCUCCAGGGUGCCACAGGGUCGAGAGCUGGCGAGCCAGGGCUCCUUUGGGGACUUGUGCAGGAGUGGUGAGCGCUGUUCCAAACAGGCACCUGGGAGAAGGGAGGGGUGCAGCUGUUGACCCUCCCUGGUCAGCCUUAAUUGACCUGCCUCACCUGGGCUUUUUAACCCAGUGGGCAAGUUUCUUAAAGGCGGGGACUGGGGUCACUCACAUGCUUUGUAACGAAAGAACCCCCCAAAUAGGACCAAAGCUCCUAAUCUCAAGGAGCGAGGGAGGGGCGGGGAGCUAUAUAAUAAUUAUUUUCUAAGAGCAGGUGGGAGACGUGUUGCACGCGACAGUCGCUAGGGAGGCGGAGACCGAGCUACGACGAGGUUGGGAAUUAGCGGGUUUUUUUGUUUUCUGGGGAAAAAAAAAAACCAAAAGUCUAAAAAAAAAAGGAUACAUCAGACUGAUUAUCCCUUUUUGUAUGCCGGAUGCUGCAUGAGUCUGAAACACCAAUAAAUGGAGACUGCAUGAAA